AUGACUGGUUUAGUCAGUGUCUCGCCUAACCUUUCAGCUUCUAGUGGUGGUACCACUACUCUAUCAACAAAAGUCUCGGUCUCUUUGACAACCACAACUAAAACAGCCACUACAACAAAGGCAACCACCACGAGUGCAAGCAGCACAGGUUUCCCUAGUACCAAUGGACUGGACUUUGAGAUUGAUGGAAAGACAAGCUACUAUGCCGGUUCCAAUUCCUACUGGAUUGGCUUCCUCACAAACGAUAACGAUGUGGAUCUUGUGUUUGACCAUAUGGAUGAAUCUGGGCUCCGAAUCCUUCGAGUUUGGGGAUUCAACGAUGUCAACACUAUUCCACCUCCAGGGACUGUGUAUUUUCAUUUGCUAAAAGACGGGACUGCCACCAUCAACACCGGUGCAGAUGGCCUGCAGCGCCUGGACUAUGUUGUUGCCUCUGCCGAGGCACGGAAUGUGAGACUGAUCAUAAACUUUGUCAACAACUGGUCGGAUUAUGGAGGUAUGGCCGCCUAUGUCACUGCUUUUGGUGGCAGCCAGACAACCUGGUAUACAAAUACCGCGGCUCAAACGGCCUACCGUGCUUACAUCAAAGCUAUUGUUUCACGAUAUAUUGACUCGCCUGCCGUUUUUGCAUGGGAGUUGGCUAAUGAGCCCCGCUGCCAUGGCUGUGACACUUCGGUUCUUUACAACUGGAUCCAGUCGACUAGUGCUUAUAUCAAAUCCCUGGACUCGAAGCACAUGGUCGCCAUUGGUGAUGAGGGCUUCGGACUGGACGCUGGGUCGGAUGGCAGCUACCCCUACAGCUACGGUGAGGGUCUGAAUUUUACGAUGAACCUAGGAAUUGAUACCGUCGACUUUGCUACAUUCCAUCUCUACCCCUCGAGCUGGGGAACCACCAAUGAUUGGGGUAACGGAUGGGUCACAUCCCACGGAGCUGCCUGUGCAGCAGCCGGCAAGCCUUGUCUCUUUGAAGAGUACGGCGUGACUUAUGAUCACUGUGCUAUUGAGGCUCCGUGGCAGAAGACAGCGUUGGACACUACUGGCAUUGCAGCUGAUCUCUACUGGCAGUAUGGAGACACACUGAGCUCGGGAAAAUCUGCCGAUGAUGGCAACACCAUCUACUACGGAACAAGCGAUUUUACCUGUCUGGUGACGGAUCACAUCGCAGCCAUUGACUCCUAG